AUGUCUACACUUUCCAAACAAGAUAAAGCGGCAAUAUCUCAUUGUGCGCUUGCUAUUACAAGUAUUUUUGGCCUUCUUGGAGUAAACGAUAGAUACAUAGGUGCUGCUCCAUCUUUUAUGAUUUUAACAGCUAAUGCAGUUGUGGGAACAUUACGAAUAUUAGGUGAAAAUGUUGAUAAGAUUUACAAAUACACAUCUGCAACAGAACAAUUACUAGUACUGCCUACUGUCGUCGCAAGUUUGCUAGAUAAAUAUUACAACCAGCAAGAACUUUCAUAUGCUGCUAUAGCCAUUCCUGCCAUUCCCUUAACAUUUUAUUUUAUGGGUAAAGGAGAGUUGAUGGUAGAAUCUAGAAAAACUAUUGUACUGGUUAGCAGCGCUGUGAUGGCCUAUUUAUCUAUCAAAAAUAAUAACAAAUCAGGUCUAUGGGCUUGCGGAACGUAUCUAUUCAUUGUAUUCUUCCUCAACGAUUUUGAAGAUACAGUUUUCAAUAUACCUACUCAGGAUUGGUGCAACGUUGGGAUGUGUUUCUUUGCAUUAUUUUGUUUACGGGCUAUCAAUGUAAAUAAUGUAUCUUUCUAA